CAUGCUCGGCUCUUGCACACCACACUCUUGUUGAUUCUCCAGGCUUUGAUGUAACUGAACAUAGUGUGUGCUGCUUCUGACAGACUACAUCCUUCAUGCUUUCCUUUUGCUUUCUUUCUUGUUAAGAAGGAGGCUUGAACUUGCAAAGAACUACACUGUUUGAUUCACACCUAUGCUGAGUCAAAAGAGCUCCACUUAUCUCCACGGCCAGUGAGACACGGAGUCAGCCAUUCACGUGCUGAGGUAUUUGAGCAAGAUUAAAGGAGAGGUGGAAGACAGGGGAAGAGAGAGAGACUGGCCUGCCUGAUGGCAGAGAGCUGGAUGUCCCAGUGAGGUCAGGUGUGACAGGAGGUCAUGGGGUCGUUUACACUGGGGAAAGCUGCUUCCCUGGAGCAACUGCUUGAUGCCUGCAUUCAUGCAUUUGAUGAUGAAGGAGACUUGCAUGAAAAUCAGCUUCCUCGAACCCUUCUGCUGAUGCAUCGCUGGUAUGUGUCGUCCACUGAGCUCGCUGGGAAACUUCUGAUGAUAUAUCGUGACUGUCGAGGAGAUGACUGUCAGCGGACACGACUGAAGAUCUGUUAUUUAAUGAGGUACUGGAUUGUUGAAUUCCCUGCAGAGUUUAAUCUGGAUCUGGGUUUGAUCCGUCUUACAGAAGAAUUCCGAGAUGCAGCCGCUCAGCUUGGUGGUGACGAGCACAUAAAACUACUUGAUAUUUCUACGAUUCCUUCAUAUGACUGGAUGCGUAAACUGACUCAGCGAAAGAAGCAGGUGAAGAAAGGGAAAGCGUCACUGCUGUUCGAUCAUCUGGAGCCCAUCGAGCUGGCUGAACACCUCACCUUCUUAGAGUACAAGUCCAUCAGGAGGAUAUCGUUCACAGAUUAUCGGAGUUAUGUAAUUCAUGGCUGUCUGGUGGAUAAUCCCACAUUAGAGCGCUCCAUUGCUUUGUUUAACGGGAUCUCUCAGUGGGUUCAGCUGAUGGUGCUCAGUAAACUCACCCCUCAGCACAGAGCAGAGGUCAUCAACAAAUACAUCCACGUCGCUCAGAAACUGCUCCAUUUGCAGAAUUUUAACACAUUGAUGGCUGUGGUGGGGGGUCUGAGUCACAGCUCGAUUUCCCGCUUGAAGGAAACUCACUCUCACCUCAGCCCAGAGGUCACUAAGAUCUGGAAUGAAAUGACAGAGCUGGUGUCAUCGAACAGUAAUUACUGUGCAUACCGCAAGGCCUUCAGUGAAUGUGAAGGUUUUAAGAUCCCAAUCCUAGGCGUUCACCUUAAAGACCUGAUCGCUGUACAUGUGGUUUUCCCGGACUGUGUGGAGGAUGGGAAAGUGUACAUUGUGAAGAUGCAGCAGCUGUAUCUCACCUUUAAUGAGCUGGUGUCUCUCCAAAGCGCCGUGGCUCAGGUGGAACCCAACAUGGAUCUGAUCUAUCUGCUCACUCUUUCUUUGGAUCUGUAUUACACAGAGGAUGAAAUUUAUGAGCUGUCCCUUCUCAGGGAACCCCGUAACCCUAAAUCUCAGCCCACAUCACCCACAACCCCCAACAAACCUCUGGCUCCACUGGACUGGGCAUCUGGCGUCACCACCAAACCCGAUCCCUCAGUGGUCAACAAACAUAUCAGGAAGUCUGUGUUUCGUAACUAUGACCAUGACCAUGAUGGUUACAUAUCUCAGGAAGACUUUGAGAGUAUCGCUGCAAAUUUCCCCUUUCUGGAUUCCUUCUGUGUGCUUGAUAAAGACCAGGAUGGAUUGAUCAGCAAGGAUGAAAUGAUGGCGUAUUUUCUGCGUGCCAACCCAUUGCUACAGUGCAAAAUGGGGCCAGGUUUCAUUCAUAACUUUCAGGAGAUGACCUAUCUGAAACCGACAUUCUGUGAACAUUGUGCUGGAUUUCUUUGGGGGAUUAUUAAACAAGGAUACAAGUGCAAAGACUGUGGGGUGAACUGUCACAAACAAUGUCGUGAACUGCUGGUUUUAGCGUGCCGGCGUCUCCCUCGGUCCACUUCGUUGGGCAGCGUGUCACCUGGAGCUCUCACACACAGCUCUCUACCCAGCAGCCCCACCCUGCCCACCUGUAAAGAUGAUGAUGAGGUGUUUACUUUCCCCACUGUCUCUCCUUUGUCUGGUUCUGACCUGGAGGGAAAUUCCAUCACACUUAUGACUGGUUCAGCCCAGCGGAUCUCAGUCCGGCUCCAAAGGGCCACCACCAGUCAGGCCACACAGACAGAACCUUUGUGGCCCGAAAAUGGCUGGGCUGCCAUUGCUGAUAGCGGCUCACACACCUUCCCCAAGAUGAGGUACAGACCACAUCGCAAAGCGUCUAAGAGCAAAGGCUUUGCAUGCUGGGAGAAUGACACACAGAUUUCAACAGGGUCGAACCGCACUCGCAGGGAUUCACAGGAGCCCUACAAAGAGCCACAGCAGAACGGACUAACAGAACAACAUACAGACAAAACUGAGACCUCUGAGAUCAGCUGACUUGUCCGCUCUGUGGACCCAAGUAGGACGCCCUGGAGCCAGUCAGGACCACGGCCUAGAGGGCUCUCCUCUCUAGGGGGUGUGCUGGGGUGCUUCAUGCCUCCAGUGGAUCGGAAAUAGGUGCAGUAGGCAACCCGCUGACUGAAUUGGGGGAAGGGUUACAUCAAAGAAAAGGUCUCGGACUAAACAGAGAGACUUUAAUGCUGUGCUCUCCUCUUUGGAGUUGAAAAUACUGGACUAUAAUGGACUGGUUGGAAACCCAGGAGACUCUGCUAAGUAUCAGUGUAAACUGAUGGGACGGAUACAUUGGGGUUUACUAUGACAGGAAGCUAAGUAGAUGUGUGUGAUUGUGUGUUUGAGCAAAAGAAAAAGAGAGAGCAGGAGAGUUUUGUACAGAAAUAUCAGCGUUAAUGUUCUUAUUUAAGGGUUGAGGUGGACAUGUAUUCAACACAUGCUCUGCUUGGUGUGAUUUUAUACUCUGAAACACUACAAGGACAGGUUUGAUUUUUUGGAAGUUAAAGGUGGCACUGGCAUGUAUUGUUACAGUGGGAAGGUAUCUAAGAUAGAAAAUUAUUAACACUAACUGUGUUUAUGUGUUUGCCCACAUUAUGAUCUGAAGUGGAAGGUACGGAGACAAAGAUAAGCACCACAGAAAACCAAUUUUUAUAUACUAGAUCCUGGAUGUAAAGAAAAACAGAUCUAUGCUUCUUCAAAGAGCUAAACAUUGAUUGUUUCACACAUGGUUGGCACCAUAGUUGUGCAGAACCUUUUUUGCUUUGCUAUGUUUGAUCUCUGUGCUUCAAAGAAAAGGCAAGUGCAAGGUGGAUGAAGUCCUUAAAGGGAUAGUUCACCCAAAAAUGAAAAUUCUCUCAUAAUUUACUCACCCUCAUGCUAUCCCAGAUGUGUAUGACAUUCUUUCAUCUGCUGAACACAAAGAUUUGUAGAAGAAUAUUUCAAUUCUGUAGGUCCAUACAAUGCAAGUGAAUUGCGACAAGAACUUUGAAGGUCCAAAAAGCACAUAAAGGCAGGAUAAGUGUCAUUCAAAUGUGAUAUGAAAGGUGUGGGUGAGGAAAAAUAUAAAUAUUUAAGUACUUUUUUACUAUUAAUCUCCCAUUUCACUUUCACAUUCUUCUUAUUUUGUUUUUGGCAACUCACAUUCUAUGUGCAUAUCACCACCUACUGGGCAGGAAGGAGAAAGUAUAGUAAAAAAUGACUUAAAUAUUGAUCUGUUUCUCACCCACACCUAUCAUAUCUUUUCUGAAGAUAUGGAUUUAACCACUGGAGUCGAAUGGAUUACUUUUAUGCUGCCUUUAUAUGCUUUUUGGACCUUCAAAGUUCUGGCCACCAUUCCCUUGCAUUGUAUGGACCUACAGAGCUGAGAUAUUCUUCUGAAAAUCUUGGUUUGUUGAAAAACGAAUGAAAAAUUCAAUUCUGUCAUUAUUUACUCACCCUCUUGUUUUUCCAAACCCAUAUGACUUUUCCUUUUUCCGUGGAACACAAAAGGAGAUGUUUAGGGACAGGGACAGCCGUGGUCACCAUUGAGUUCCCUUGAAUGGAGCUUGGACAUUAUGCUAAACAUAUUUUGGUUUUCAAAGAUAAAUAAUGACAGAAUUUAAAUUAUUGGGUGAACUCUAUAAGGGAUAACUUCUGACCUUUUGCAUCAUUAAAUUAGUUUUUCUUAGCAACAUAUGCUUUAUAAGAGUGAAAUGAUCUUUAUAUAUACAUAAAUGCAGAGACAGAUAUUCUACUGACCCAGGUGUGCUGUCGGCCAGGUGUUUGAAUGGCCUCUGUUGCUAAGCGUCAGAUGAUUAAGUUGGGCGAAUAGUCCAUCGUCAAGGCAACACAUAGAGUUCAGUGUCCUUUAGCGCCAUAUGUUCUGAAAUGAAUUUUACACCCAAAUCCCCUGGUGUGAAGGGUAGACAAAAAUCUCAGCUCAGUGAGAAACUCUUAAGGUAGACAGUCAGGCUCAGACUGGACAGGCCUGAUAUGAUCGUCUUUGCAGACAAUGUAUGUGAGAAAGAGUCAGUAACCAUAUAGGUAGUUCAACAUAUUAAAUACGAAAAACAAUGAUUAUCGUGAGUCUUUAAGAUCAUAGGAUUAGAUACUUUUGUCAGUUAUGGAUAGUGCAGGCAUGUGAUGUUACUUGUGGAGCCACAAUAGUUACACUCAUGGUUUCAUGACUGGUUUAUGACUCCCAGAGCCUUAGCAUACAGGAACCUUGUGUAGGUAAGUUCUAGGAGAGUAUUACUGAGGAACUGUGUAUUUAUCAUCUCAUGGAUUAAUAUUAGCACACAUAUUUGAUUCAUGGGGUAUUUGAAAAGCAACAGCAACUGUAUCAGCAAAAUUCAAUGGCAAACAUUUUUACAUUGUAAAAUGUGUAAACCAGUGAUAAAAAAUAAUUUUGCAUCAUAAAAUGUUAAACCUUAUAUUGGCUGUAGUGAUUCGAAUGUUUCUGAUCAUGUUUGUGGUUGAUGUCUGGUCUACUGAAAAUGUUUAAUUUUCUACUGUAAUAAGUAAUUUUUCAAAAGUAAUUUUGAAUUUCGUGUCAUUCAUAUGUUUCUUAAUAUUCAUAAGGUGGUUCUCGCUGUGCUUAUUUUGAACUGAAAUAUGUCUACAAAAUUUUAAGCAGUCUAAUUUAUGGUUCUAAGGCUAAAAUUGGGUGUCUGUGCAGUGAGCAGGUCAUCUCAAGGUCUCAGGGGUGCCAGUGAAAAUAAGCUUGACCUACAAAACUGAAUAUUAAACAUCAAGGGACUCACUGGAUUAUUUAGAAAAACAUUUUAUAUACUUAUGUAAUAUAUCCUGGGGGGGGGGGGGGACUGUU